UCCCUGUGCCAGGUGCUGGAUAGAGGACAUCUCUAACCUCCUAAAACGGCUGUAUAGCUUGUCACUUUAGUGGUAAAUUUACUUUAUAUGACUAGCGACAUGUUUUGAGAAUACGCCUUACGUACUGGCUUACAUUGCGUUAAGAAAUUAAAACGUAAAACCAGUCCAAAAGCUAAAGCUAGCAUCAUAGCAUCAACUUAAGCAGUGAGGACCAUGGCGGCUGUUGACAGCUUUCAGUUUCUCUACAGAGAAAUUUCUCGGUCAUGCAGUGGUUACUUUGAAACCCUGGCCCUGGUGGGGGCUCUGUACACGGCCAGCAAGGUGGUGAUCCUGCUGAGAGACUGCUGCAUGCUGGUUAGGGUGCAUUUCCUACCGAGAAUGAUCCCAACCAAGAAGCUGACCCAAAGAUUUGGAGAUUGGGCUGUCAUCUAUGGUGCAUCCCAACCCAUAGCCACAGCCUAUGCAGAGGAGUUGGCCCGGCAUGGUAUCAGCAUCAUCUUUGUCACCCAGGACCACACUGUUCUCAGAGACACGGCUGCAUCCAUCUCUCAAAACUACGCCGUGGAAACCGUCGUCGUCCUGGCUGACUUCUCUCUCGAUCAGGCCGCCAGCAAGCCCAUCAAAGAAGCCAUGAGGGGCAAAGAUAUCGGCUUCUUGGUGAAUUGCUUGGAUGAGUCUUUGGCUUCCCCGCAGAGCUUGAUGGAAAUCCCUGAGCAAGGCUUGUUGGAUUUGGUGAAUAAAAACAUUGCGGUCGCUACUCUGAUGACUCGGAUGGUGCUGCCAGGGAUGGUGGAACGAAGCAGAGGAGCUGUGGUUAAUAUAUCAUCGGGCGCCUGCUGCAGACCUUUUCCCGGAAGAGUGGCACUCACUGCCUCCACGGGCUACAUGGAUCAUUUCUCAAGAGCUCUUCACCUUGAGUACAGCAGCAGAGGGAUCUUUGUACAAAGUCUGAUUCCUUUCCAGAUAGCAAAGAGCUUGCAAGACCUACCAUCAUCAUCUUUCACUCCGACGCCAUCAUCACACAGCUGGUUUGUACCAAAGCCAGACAUUUAUGCUCGCCAUGCCAUCUCCACGCUUGGCGUCUCCAACAGAACCACUGGCUACUGGCCUCAUACUCUGCAGUACGGUCUGAUGAGAUGUAUCCCUGAGUGGAUUUGGGUUCUUGGCUCUCGUGUGUUUGUCAGUAUAAGCUAAGCGCUCGCCUCCCGUUCUUUGCCAUAGACUUACUGGAGCUUCAUGUUACAGCAGCAUUUCUCCAUUGUUAAUCUCUCAGGUUUGGUUGAGGCUCAUAGCUACUUUAUUGUGUUCUACUGAUUUUGAAACUCUUAGUGGGAUCCUGCAGCAGAAUUGACCUGAAAUGAUUCACCAAUAUUACUGUCUUAUGAUCUGAUAAUUGAUCAACCUAAAGAUUAAAGUCUUAGUCUGGGUGUG